CAGUUCUUAGACGGAUCUCAAACAGAAUAGUUGUCAAAAAUCGCAAUGCAUAGUAAUAUUUCGAUUGUGUUAGUGUUGCUUCUCGGCUGCUUUAUGCAGACAACUUACUCAGAGGAUCCUACAACUAAUGAACCCACAACAAUUGCGCCGGAGUUUUCCUGCACUACGCACAAUGGAUUAGCAACCGAUUUGGAAGCUAUCGCUGGCUCUUGGUAUGAGGCUGCGCGUGCAUCCGAUGAGGAUGAUGCCCAGUGUCUGAAGUACUCCAUUGAAGCUACUCCUGAUGGUGAUAAUAGGAUUAACAUCAAGUUGGAGUAUGUGAGCACCGUCGAUGGGAAGUGGGAACCUGAAAUAGAUUCAGCUCUCCUUCCCUGGGACGAUAACGCCAAGAAUGGAAUUUUUAGCUGGACCAAUGACGAGACAUCUGAGACGUCUGUCACCUUCAAAAUGGUUUCCAUGGAUAACUCCUCUUAUGCAUUUCUCUGCGGCUACAAGGGAAUCGCUUCUGUACCGCUUUUUAAGGUGCUAACACGUGAGCGAGCGCUAAGUAGUGACCAAAAGACUCUCAUUGAAGAAAAAUUUAAUGAUCUUAGUCAAAAUGAGGCAUUGGUCUGGGUGGAACAGUCAGAGCAAAAAUGCAACUCGGCAAUGCGCUCUAUAGGUCAAACACUUUUAGUUUUGCUUUCAGCUCUACUUAUUUUUCAAUAGUUCAACUUGACUAAAUCCAUAAAAUAUCAGAUUAAUUCCAUAAUGUUUUUUUUUAACAAUUGCACAAAUAUUUGAAGCUCUACAUUUAAAAAAAUCGUAUGACACAUGCAAUAACAUAUCUUCUUCUUAAAAAAGGUGCCUCAAAAGUAAAGUUUUAAUUCCGUCAACUGCAAUUUAAAUUCAAUGAAAACACAUUUUUUAAAUACUGUUUUAUUCAAUUUUAUUAAGAAAUAAUUUUAGUACAUUUAAAUAAGAAUAUAAAUUACAAAGGGAGUUUUUAUUUUGGAGUAGCGUUAUGAUCGUGUAAUAAAAUAUACUGAAUAUUAUUAUACGAUAUUAUAACGAUGUUCAGUUAGAAUGUAAUAAUAACACUCAAAAUAUUGCAGAACUUAAACUCAAUUGAAGCUGAUAAGCAGUAUAUUACUAUACAAAAGUAUAACUCCAAUUAAAUUUAUUUAGUUUCGUUAUUACUUUUCUCAAAAUGUGUUAAGAUCCGGCUCAAGAACAUGUAUUCUCUAUGGGGUUGGAAAUGUCUACUCUUAUACAUAUGUUGGUACAAAUAUAUUAAAAAUUAGUGUGAAAAUAUGCUGUUAUUCUCA